AUGGCUGACUAUGACGAGGAAGAAGUCGCGUACGGCGUGACGGUGCGUGACGUGAAGCCUGCCGAGUUCAUCAAGGCGUACGCCGAGCACCUGAAGCGAUCGGGCAAGAUCGAACUGCCUGCGUGGUGGGACGUGGUCAAGACGGCGUCGUUCAAGGAGUACGCGCCGGCGGACCCGGACUGGUACUACAUUCGCGCGGCGUCGAUCGCGCGCAAGGUGUACCUGCGCCAGUACACUGGUGUAGGGUCGCUCAAGAAAGUGUACGGUGGCGCAGCGCGCAAGGGCGUGCACCGUCAGCACUUCCAGAAGGCGUCGGGCGGUCUCAUUCGCCACAUUCUGCAGCAGCUGGAGGAGAUGAAGGUCGUCGAGAAGUGCCCCGAGGGCGUGAACAAGGGCGGUCGCAAGAUCACGAGCCACGGUCAGCAGGACCUCGACCGCAUUGCCGGUCAGGUUGUGCGCGCUUAG